GACUCGGAGAAGAUCGUGCAGCUUCACGAUGGGCAGCCUGGAUCUUUGCACCUCGCUUCUGCUCUUGUGCCUGGCCAGGAGCAGCCUGCAAGGCGGAGUGAAACCACAAGGAAAUGCCCGGGGGGCUCUUUACCUCCCAACCCUGAUAAGAGGUGCAGCAGGAGUACCAACAGGAGCCGGACUGGGACCAGUAGGCGCUAAAGCAGGGAAAUAUCCUGGUUAUGGGGCCCAAAGACUUCCUACCGGACUGGGCUAUGGAGUCCCAGCUGGAUAUGGAGCAGGAUUAGGCACAUACCCACAGGCUGGAAAGCAGAAGCCAGGUUACCGAGGUGUUGGCUACCCCCGGGGUGGCCUGCCCCUGGGAGGUCUUGGAGCAAGAGGCAAGCCUUCCAAAGCAGCAGGUUAUGGGGCAGUGCCCAGUGCAGGUGGCUACGCAGGAAUAGGAGCACAGCAAGCCUAUCCAGGGGGAGGCUAUCCAAGCAAUGGACUCCAGAAUGGAUACAGCAACGGUUACGGAGCUGGAGGAAAUGGGUUCCCUGGGGCUGGCCUUCAGCCAGGCGGAUAUGGGAAUGGGAAUGGUGCCCAGACAUCCUAUGGCCCUGCUGGAGAUCCCUCAGCUGCCAAAUAUGGAGGGGCAGGGCAGCUCUCGUACAAUGGGCAACCAGAGGCUGCUGGCCUGGGAGGAGACUACGGGGCUGGUAGAUAUGGCAAUGGAAAUGGGCUGGGAUACAUGAAUGGCGGAGACCCCCAAGCUAAUGGGUUGGAGGCAGGUAUAUAUGGUCCCCUUGCAGCAGGAGGAUACGGCAGGCCAAUGGUCCCUGGGCAAGCACUGGGAGGAUAUGGAGGAAAAGAAUCAAAGUACAGCAUGAAUGGAUUUCUGGGGAAUGGAUACAGAGGUCGCUGCCCUGCUGGAAAAUGCUGAGGGAAGACAUUACUCUACAGGACUUCCCGCAGCAGAAUUUAGACAUCUCGGCAAACUUUGGUGCUAAUUCUGAUGACCAGCAACAACCAAGUCUCUCAAUUCAUCUUUCUCCCCCCACCCCUUACUGUGUUUUUAUUUGUAGGAACCUUUCAUUUUAAAAGGAGAGAGAGAAAAAAUCAUGUUAGUUGUUAAAGCCUUGGUCAAUACAUUUUCCAGUACAAGGGCUGCUAGCAUGGCAAUGACCAAUGCUUAUAGAAAUGGGCAUGUGGAGUUGGAAUUCUCUUUUCUUUCAGAGAGGUGUGACCUACAAACUUCACUUCUUUGGAGGUAGCUUAGAGAUGAUUCAAUCUUUGUGCAUAUCUGGAUGCCCAGACAUGAGUGUCCUUUCAAUUAAAAGGAAAAAAAAUCCACA